GUUUUGUUUCAAGAACAAGACGAACACUUACAAUCAUUAUAUGGAACUGCUCUUAAUAUCCAUGAUAUUGCUACGACAAUGAGAGAUGAGAUUGAGGAUCAAAAUAUAUUGCUUGAUGAAUUUGGAGUGCGUGCGGAUCGUACAUCUAGUAGAUUAGAAAAUGCAAUGAAAAAAGUUAAAUAUAUUAUUAAAGCGAAUGAAGAUAAUGGAAAAUUUAAGUUUUCGUCGUUUUGGUAUCUUUAUCGAAGAAAUUUAAGUUUUCGUCGUUUUGGUGUCGUCGUCGAAGAAAAUAAGUUUUCGUCGUUUGGUGCCAUCACUCAAAAACUAUUAGGUCCUGUAAAACGGAUUCCACGUCGAACUCAAAAUCGGUCACCUACUUGUGCUUUUAGAGUAAUAUGGAUAAGUGCUUUGUUGGUUGGCGAAAUUUUAAUAUUCUCUUACGCCAUGCGGAAAUGUUCCUGGCCUUAUGAUGCUCAUUGGGAUACAUCAUUGGCCAAUCCAUUUAGAAUUGCAUUGAUUGCCGACCCACAGAUAAUAGAUAAUUAUUCAUAUGGUCGUACGGGUAUACUUCAAAGAAUAUCUGAAGUAUAUCCUGACAUGUAUAUGAGAAAAAAUUGGAUAAAUUUACAAAAUAUUUUUGAUCCGGAUGCAAUAAUAUUUCUGGGUGAUCUAAUGGAUGGAGGAAGAGAAUGGGAUGAUGAUAAGUGGGAAGAUGAAUUUUUCCGCUAUCGUCAUCUAUUUUUACCAAAGAAACCAACAAGAACUCCAAUUUAUUAUUUGGUAGGGAAUCAUGAUAUUGGAUUCGGUGAUAAUAUAAUUCCCAGUGCAUAUGACCGAUUUCGAAGAAUAUUUGGUAAAACAAAUUAUAAUGUUGUGCUUGGUAAUCAUUCGAUAAUUGUCGUCGACACAGUAACAUUAAGUGGAUCAGAUGAACUUUUGAAGGAAGAAGCAAUAAGUCUAAUUGAAAAGCUUGAAAAUGAUUCUUCGAAUAAUUUUCCCCGAAUAUUGAUGACGCACGUUCCCUUAUACCGCCCACAAAAUACUGACUGUGGGCCAUUACGGCAAAACGGACAUUACAUUAAUCAAGGCUCUGGUUACCAAUAUCAAAAUUUAAUAGUCGAGUCAUUAUCAAAUUUCAUAUUAGAUCAUAUAAAACCAAUACUCGUGUUUAGCGGUGAUGAUCAUGAUUAUUGUGAAAUUCGACAUGAAAGGGUGCCUGAAGUUAUAGAAGUUUCGGUGAAUAGUUUUAGUUUUGCUAUGGGUGUUAAAAGACCAGGGUUCCUUCUAUUAAGCCUUUACAACCCACAUAAUAAUACUUCAUUAGAUAGCAUAAAAAAUAAUCAAACUACAUUCGCAUACACGCAAUGUUUACUACCAAAUCAAAUCAGAAUAUAUUUGUGGUAUGGAAUUCUGGUUAUUACAACGUUGGCUUGUAUAUUUUCACAUACAUUUGUAAAGAUUAGAAGAAGUAGAGAAAUGCUGCCGGUAUGGCUUAGAUAUCAACAAAAAGGGCGUUGGAUAAUAUUUAAUUAUCAAUUUUGGAAGACUGUUGUAAAAGAGAUUAUAAGCAUCGCAUCUGUUGCUUUAGUAACGUAUUUAAUUUGUUGGAUAUGGUUUUUGAUUUGA